AUGUCUGAGCCUCUUCCCAGCGGCGAGUACUUCAUCGAGGCGGGCGAUUACACUGGCGGAUCGUUCUCCAGCCGCCCUCUCGGCAAGGAUGGUCAGUUUGCAGUCGUACUGCCCAAGGGUGCAUCCGCUACGAAGUGGACUAUCACGAGUACUAGUGACGGGAAAUACACGAUCUCUAUCGACCAGUUCCAUGCUCGACCCGACGGGGACAACAUCUCCCUGACUAAUGAUAGACGUGCUCCGUUCGAAUGGACCAUUUUGAGGACCGCACCCAGCCCUCCGCCCAUUGGGAGUGAUAAUUUCGGCAUCAACGUCAACCCCGAGGCUCAAUGGCACUAUGACCUAGGGGAUUCAGCGGAUGCACCUAAGAAUCAUAAGACAGCCACAGAGUCCGGUUCCCGACGUACUUCAUGUCGACUGUAUGAGAAAGGCUCUGCAUCCGCUAAUUUUUCUGUUACCACAUUACUGGCGGUGACACAUAAGUGGCAAGUGCGCGCGGGGGGGGGGGGGUAA